AUGGCUCAAUGGCCAUUUCUGUGGAGCCAUGUGUCAAUAUGCCACAAUGUGUUUGAAAGCCGGUGCCCAGCCUCAAGGGACUCGAGGGCCGCAGUGCCGAAACGACAAAAGCGGUCGAUCUUUGUUGGCUUCCUGCGGAAGGACAUCUACACUUCCAAGGAUGCUGCAGCUUGGAGGUACAUCUUGAAGGAGAUGAUUGCGAAUGUGCAGACCGAGACCCCCAAAGAAAUGCUUGACUUCUUGCUUCCGAAGGACAUGCAGCUUGGGACAUUGCAAGCGCUGCCACCACUGUCUGAUGGCCGACCAAAGUCGACAGCUUCUGCUGGGAAGACCGCAACAGACCUGGAGUGGCAGCUGCACUCUGCGCAGCUUCGUGAGACUUUGGGUAUAUCAGUUUCUUCGAAGAUCUGGACAGGCAAAUCCAGUUUCAAGGGAUGGGGAUUGAGCUUGACUGAUCGGGUGCAGGAUGCGCUGGAUGUUACAGCAGCCAAGAUCCUUUCCAGGAAAGUAAAGAACACUUCUGCACAUCUUCUGAACACAAUCAUUGAUGUGUCUCAGUCUAUCACAAGGGGCACGUGCACAAAGCAGUCGGGUGUGCACCCUUGUUUCACAACUUCUUCAGAGCUGUAUUCAUACAGAGAGGAUAGGUUGAUCCUUGCAAUCGAGAUGCUUGCAAUUCUCGGGUACCCAAGAGAAAUGAUCAUUCCCGAGGAUUUCACGAACCGCCAGCUGAAGCGGCUGGUGGGAAACACAAUCAGUUUGCCGUGCCUGGGCAUGAUGUUCUGGAGCUUUCAGGUGAUGCGCCGCAGAGAUUUCGAAGCUCCUGCAGAGAUGGGUGGCACCUAA